CAUUUUCAAGGCUGUGAAUGUGAAUGGGCAGAAAUCAGUGAGCAUUUCCUAACCUGCUCUAAUGCUAUGUUAAAGUUAUUAUUCCAUUAGGGGCCAAAUCAAAACAGUGAGACAUGAUUCUUCUAGGGGGAUUCUGCAGCUUUAUGAAUCAGGAUCACAACCACCUCUGCAGUUUUGUUGUCCUUUAGGGUUGCUGCGACACAGAAACCACAAGCGGGUACACUAGGUGAAAUUACAACCUACAACUCUUUUGAUUUGAUACUUCUGUGGUACAGGAUGUCCUCAGUGGAGGUUUGUAGCUAACUGAGCUCCAGUCUCUGAAACGACCCACUGUUGGCCCAACUGUUGUUGAGGACGUGUUGGUGAGCGUUGAGAACCACUGCUCAAAUUGAAGAAGAUUCUGUUCGGUGUGACAGAUGGAUACUUCGUGUCUGUAAACAAAAGGGCAAGCUGAAUUUGCGAGCAGCUAGUGGCGGUUUGAGAGGAUUCAGUUUAUGGGAUUUGGAAGCGGCGCAGUUCUGUGUCAAUCCGACGGAGCCGAGGAAGGCGGGCGAAGCUGAGGUUACCAGGAAGGAAGAGUAAUAUAUAUAUAGAAGUGAGAAGAAACAAGAAUCAUUAACGGAAGAAUACUAGAUACAUGCAAGUCCAUCAGCAAAAUCUGUGGUGAAAAUUAGUGACAACGCUGAGUCGAUUAUUAGAGGCAAAACCUGCAGCAAGAACUAAUUCAAGUAAAGGAAAGCUUUGGUGGAACUCUCUGAACAUCCUUUCGUACUGAACUGCUGCAUCAAACAGAAAAAGCAUUUUUGGAAGGAUCUGUGCUCCUGCUGUGAGGGAUUGAGAAGAUCUGCCAAAGCUACUUGUGAUUUAUUUUACAUAGCAACUUGGAGGCAUCAUGAGCUCCAUAAAAUGUGUUCUCGUGGGUGAUGUAAAGGUGGGGAAAACAGCAUUGCUGGUGAGGUUUACAUCAGAGACUUUCCCAGAUAUGUACAAGCCCACAGUUUAUGACAAUACAGGAGUAGAUGUGUUUAUGGAUGGAAAACAGAUCAGCCUGGGACUCUGGGACACAUCAGGAAAUGAUUCAUUUCAAGGAAUUCGACCACUUUCUUACCAACAAGCUGAUGUGGUGCUAAUUUGCUACUCUGUAGCAAACCCUAUGUCUUACUUGAAUGUUAAAAAUAAGUGGAUGCCAGAAGUCAGAAAUUUUUUACCAAAAGUUCCAGUAUUGGUCGUUGCUACACAAAUAGACCAGCGUGACAUAGGCACUUUUCGCACCAUCACACCUGUUGAUGGGAAGAGGCUGACAAGAGAUAUUGGAGCAAGAGGUUACCUGGAGUGCUCAGCAAUUUCUAACAGAGGGGUACAAGAAGUGUUUGAAUGUGGAGUGAGGACAGCUGUCAGAUACAUAAAAAAACAAACCAGGAAGAAGAUCAUUGACCUCAAUAAAUGUGUGAUAGCCUGACUUCCAUUAGACUGGUAUAAUUUGAAAUAACUGUAACUUUCCAAUUUGUCAACAAAUACUAAAGGUGCUGUCAUCUAAAGGGCUUUCAACCUGACUGUGUUGACCAUACAAUAUGGGUACGAGUUGGCCUUGUCCACUGAUGCUACUGUAUCUAUAUCAGUCAUACUGAUUCAUUUCUAUUGAAGUAAUGGAUCCCAGUUGGGAACGCUAACUGGAAAACUGAGGAGGACAAACUGAUUUCAGCAUUGACUGUCAUGAACUUUUAGGAGUUCAAAGUACAGUGCCGUUUACUUUGGCUGACAUUCUUAUUUUUGUGUAUUUAAUUUGAACUGCGUGCCACCAUCAUGCAAGUUAUUUUAAAGACGACAUAUGAAAUAAAACUGUAACCUUGCACUCGCUGGUAAAGUGCAUCGAUCUCAGAGAUCCAAGUAGGAGUACGUCGCCAGUACUCACUUCUGAUGACUGUAAUAUUUAAUAAUUUUAUACUUAUUUCCUUUUGAUUUCACUGACCUCUGAUGAGAAGCAUGUAGAAGUAUUAUGCUAAGGUUCACAUGUAGUUUUGUAGCAAUUUUCCAUCGGUUUACAGAGUACUCAUCAAUAAAUUAAUUGUUUUUAAUGUUCA